UAAAAUUUCAAAAUGAGUGAGGAUAUACAACGAAAACUGCAAAAUGAAUUAGAAAAUUACAAAAAAACUCAGAAAGAACUUCAAAGAACCAUACAAACCAGACAACAAUUGGAUGGUCAAUUAAACGAGAAUGAAAUUGUUAAACAAGAAUUAGACCUACUUCCAAGCGAUGGUAAAGUUUAUAAAUCUGUAGGACCUGUACUGAUUAAAACUGAGUUAAUAGAAGCCAAACAAAAUGUCAGUAAAAGAAUGGAUUAUAUUAGCAAAGAACUGAAGCGAGUUGACGAUCUUAUUAAUACUCUAGAUAAAAAACAAGAUGUCCAUAGGGAAGCUCUUCAAAAAUUGCAACAUCAGUUUCAACAAGCUCAAGUGAAAGCUGCUUUACAUGCUUAAUUUUAG